UAACUUCCUUUUUAACUUCUAAAGAGAACUAGAGGAAGAUAAAACUGGCCACUCUAUGCUGCCUGGAACCUCUCGGCUACCCACAGAAACCAGCAUGUCUUUGGUCCUGCUCUCUGUCCUGUGGCUCAUCAUUCAAACCAAAGUGAUAGAUACAAAGUCAACCCCUGAGUUAAAGCUCUAUGACAUAGUUCAUCCUAAAAAACUACCCAUCUUACACAGAAGAGGAACUGAGAACAACCAGACAGAGAGAUAUGGCAAAGAGGAAAGAUAUGCUCCUGAAGUUCAAUAUCAGAUCAUACUAAAUGGAGAAGAAAUUACCUUCCACCUAAAGAGAAGCAAGCAUCUUCUGGGGCCAGACAACACUGAAACAUCUUACUCACCCAAAGGAGAAGAGGCAACCAGACACUCUCAGGAUGUGAAACCCUGCUACUAUGAAGGCUACAUCCUGAAUGCAAGGGACACUUUUGCCAGUAUCAGUACAUGUGAUGGACUGAGAGGGUAUUUCACACAUCGUGAUAAAAGAUAUAAUAUAAAGCCUCUCCAAAGCACAGAUGAGGGGGAACAUGCUGUCCUUACAUACAGCCAAGGGGAAGCAGACACAGAUAAUUACAAACAUGAUGAUAAGCAUGCCGGCAGGAAACGAAGCCAUCUUCGAAUUUCCAGGUCACUGAAAGGCCCAAAUAAAGAUUUCCAAGGACAGAAAUACAUUAAUCUCUUCUUGGUGCUGGAUAAUGCCUUCUAUAAGAUGUAUAAUGGGAAUGUGACUCGGAUAAGAAGCUUUCUGUUUGAGGUGCUGGAUCUGCUCAAUGUGAUUUACAAAACCAUAGAUAUUCAAGUGUCUUUGGUGGAUAUGGAAAUCUGGUCUGACAAUGAUAAGAUAAAGGUGGAACCCAGGAUUGGUACCACAUUCCAAAACUUUGUGACAUGGCAUCACUCAAACCUGGGAAAAAGGAAGACUCAUAACCAUGCCCAGCUUCUCAGUGGAUCUGGAUUCCUUUAUAAACGUGUAGGAAUGGCAGCUGCAAAUUCCUUGUGUACUUCAUCUUCAGUGUCUGUUAUUGAGGCUAAAGGAAAGGAUAAUGUGGCUCUUGUAGCAGUGAUGUCACAUGAGUUGGGUCAUGCCCUCGGUAUGAAGGAUGUUGUAUACAGUACCAAGUGUCCCUCUGGCAGCUGUGUGAUGAAUCAGUACCUGAGUUCAAAAUUCCCCAAGGAUUUCAGUACUGCCAGUCGCUCACUCUUUCAGGGAUUCAUUUCAUCUAGAAAUGCAAGGUGUCUGUUGCUGGCACCUAAUCCUAAAAAUACAAUAAAACCAACCUGUGGGAAUCAAGUUUUGGAAGCAGGAGAAGGCUGUGACUGUGGCUCUCCUGAGGAAUGUACCAACCUCUGUUGUGAGCCCCUGACAUGUAAGCUGAAAUCCCAACCUGACUGCCAAGAAGAAGCAUCCAACCAUAUCACGUAA